AAGUCUGUCGUGUAGAUGAAAAGCGCAUGUCGCAAUUAAGAAUGUGACAAGUUCUCCAGGUAGUUUCAGAUGUCAAAUAAGCUAUUGCUUCAGCGUAGCGGUAUCAUAGGCGGUGUUAUUAUUUGAGCACCGCCCGGGGUCGUUUUAUUUUGGGCGGUCUCCUAGUGCUGGCGGCUCGCAGACUUAUCUCGCCAACAGGGGCUUCUAUGUAAACUGAGGCUAAACAAAUACAUAUGAACCUCUGAGUCCAGGCGCGUUUACUACAUUUGCUGGCAAUGCUGCAUGGCUCCAGAAGCCGCCGGGAGUCCAAGAGAACAACACGCAUCUGCUUAAGCUGUCUGGUCAGGAUUUUAACAUCUAACAUGGGCUUCAACACCGUCAGACAGCGUCUAGCUGUGCCUAGCUGAGUGAUUGCAGAAGAGAAGCGUUUCUUUGUGGAAUAGCCUGGUGAUAAUCAGCAAAGGUUUGCGUCUCUCUUGGAGUGGAACUACUGCAAUCAUUUGAAAUGAAGGAUCCACAUCUUGUGAAUGAUGGCAACUGGAAGACACUCAACGUAAAGGAAGUGUCUAUGAAUAAAAAGUUCAAGCGCAAAUCACGAGAGCCAGUAAAACGUGUUAGUGAGUUCAGAAGUUCUCAAGAUGACUCUAAAUUGGACGAAGACUCAAAUGAAGACUCAAUGGACAACACUUUUGUUUUAAACAGUCAAAAAAGGCUUCAAGCCAUUGCUUCUGUCGUCAGUGGAGAGCACAUUGGUCAAUUGGGGAUUUCGGACACGGCUCUUGAUAUGCGGAUAAAUGCAUUGCCUGCUAUCAGCGGUAAGGGUCCAUCACAACCCCAAUCAUUGUCUGAAACAGCUUCUUCUAAGGACACAAUUCAGGCGACAUUCGCUCAAGUGUCUGGCUUUGACAAUCAGCAGGUUUUUUCUCGUGAACAGAGCUUACAGUCUCGGGUUGUGCUGUGCCAACGCGCAGAGCGACCGCUAUCCUCAGCCUCACAGGCGUCUUACAUGAAUAACAACGAGCCGCCGGAAUCGCCGAGGAAACUGCUGGGAGAGGCGUCUGGCGUCGUCACUGAGAUCAAAGCAAUUCAGCAGACACGGAGAUUGCUGGCAAAUGCCAGAGAGAGGACCCGGGUGCAUACCAUAAGCGCAGCCUUUGAGGCGCUUAGAAAACAGGUGCCAUGCUACUCCUAUGGGCAGAAGCUCUCCAAGCUGGCUAUAUUAAGAAUCGCCUGCAACUACAUCCUGUCCCUGGCUCAACUUGCAGACCUGGACUACACCCCGGACCACAGCAACAUGAGCUUCAGGGAGUGUGUGGAGCAGUGCACCCGCACCCUGCAGGCCGAGGGACGCUCCAAGAAGAGGAAGGAAUGAAGAUGAAGAAGGAAUCUCUGGUGGCGUCUGAAGGAGCGUGGGGGAUUUAACCGUAGGAGACUGCAGAAGAAAGACUUUACUCAGCUCAACACUUGCAGUCACCUUCGUAACUUACUCCCUGAUAGAUCCUCUAUGCUGCCAUGGAGAUGAAUGUAGCAAGCACUUUGUCAAGUUAGAAGAUGUUCAUUAUCUUAAAUGGACAAUAGCAUCAUUUAUUGGUUGUACACCAUCCUGGGUUGCCCAUUACCAAGUGUUGGGAUUAAUCAAUUGAAGGCAUCUGAUGCUUUAGUUGCCAAAAGACUGUUUCUUCAAUUGCAGAAUGGACAUAAUUUGAGUAGCUAUCAGGGGCAAGCCAUGCCUCACACUCAAACCACAUACAAGAACUCAUAACCAUCAUGGAUUGGUUACAACAGAGAAUGGAAACUGCCUUAUAACCGAAUAUAUCAUAAUAGACAUACUAGACAGAUUUCUUUUUUUUUUUUUUUUUUUCUUUUUUCUGGGAAAAUUGAAGUUGCUUGGAUUGGAGUUUUCCUGUAAUCUGAUACUCUGACAAUCAAUUAAAUCUGCACAAUCAAAGUGAUGAAGGCAUAACAGACUUAAGAGGUAACAUUCUGCAAUGUGAAAAUAAUAAAAAUGGAUCAUUUGGUUUUACUAAUGUUAAGCAUUUAACAACGCUGAAUAAACAGUAUAUGUACAUUAAAAAAA